AUGGAACAAAAGAACAAUGUAACUGAGUUCAUCCUCUUGGGGCUCACUCAGAGCGUUCAGGGUCAGAAAAUAUUAUUUGUCUUGUUCUUGCUCAUCUACAUUGUGACCGUAGUGGGCAACCUACUCAUUAUUGUGACUGUGAUGGUCAGCCCAACCCUGGAUGCCCCUAUGUACUUCUUUCUUGGCUACCUAUCAUUUAUAGAUGCUGUUUAUUCUACUACAGUCACCCCAGAUAUGAUUAAGGACUUACUGUCUAAAAAGAAAACUAUUUCCUUCCAAGCUUGCAUGACCCAGCUUUUUAUAUGGCACUUUUUUGGUGGUGCCGAUAUAUGCCUUCUGGCGGUCAUGGCCUAUGAUCGUUACGUGGCCAUCUGCAAGCCCUUGCAUUAUUUGACAAUCAUGAAUCAGCGAGUGUGUGUUCUGCUGCUUCUGUUGGCCUGGGUUGGUGGCUUUUUACACGGUAUAUUUCAUCCUCUCUUUGUUUACAACCUUCCCUUCUGUGGCCCCAAUGUCAUUGACCAUUUCAUCUGCGACGUGUACCCGCUGUUAAAACUUGCCUGCACUGACACUCACAUCAUUGCCCUCACAGUGUUGGCCAAUGAUGGCGCAAUAUCUGUGAUCAUCUUCACACUCUUACUCAUCUCCUAUGGGAUCAUUCUGCACUCUCUGAAGAACGUUAGUCAGGAAGGGAGACGCAAAGCAUUAUCCACCUGUGGCUCCCACAUCACUGUGGUGCUCCUCUUCUUUGUGCCCUGUAUUUUUCUUUAUGUGAGACCUCCUUCCACCUUACCCAUUGAUAAAUCCUUGACUGUGUUUUACACUAUUAUCACCCCUAUGUUGAACCCUCUAAUUUAUACUCUGAGAAAUAGUGAGAUGAAAAAUGCAAUCAAAAAGCUCUGGACCAAAGAAAGAAAAUGA